UCUGCGUCUGCGCGCAGUUCAAGAAGUUAAGAGACCCACCAGAAAACCCAUUCAAGUGAAGUGCUUAAGAGGGUAAAUAAUAAAAAACCCUAGGAGGCAGUGACUAAAAUCGUUUAGGCCGCAGUUAAGGUGUUUUAGUGCUAAAUAAAAACUACUUUAAAAAAAGGUUAAAGCUUUAUAGCAUACAAGUUUUUUUCUUGUUCGGCCCAUUGAGCAAUUUUCCUGAAGGCAUUUUCAAAAAGGAAUAAACAAUUAAUUCAAUAUUUAAAGCAUAAAAGGAAACCAGACACCAAACCACUGGACUCUACGAUCAAUAUCAACAUGUCCACCAGCCCCUCAGCCUGCGAUUGUUUGGUGGGCGUGCCCACUGGACCCACCCUCGCCUCCACUUGCGGCGGCAGUGCCUUCAUGCUGUUCAUGGGUCUCCUGGAGGUCUUCAUCCGCUCCCAGUGCGACUUAGAGGAUCCCUGCGGUCGAGCCAGCAGUCGGUUUCGAUCGGAGCCGGACUACGAGUACGAUUUCAUUGUCAUUGGCGGCGGCUCAGCGGGUUCUGUGGUUGCCUCCCGACUCUCCGAGGUGCCCCAAUGGAAGGUUUUGCUGAUCGAAGCCGGUGGCGAUGAACCUGUGGGUGCCCAGAUUCCCUCGAUGUUCCUCAACUUCAUUGGCAGCGACAUCGACUACCGCUACAACACGGAACCGGAGCGGAUGGCCUGUCUGUCCUCGAUGGAGCAGCGCUGCUAUUGGCCACGUGGAAAGGUGCUCGGCGGAACCUCGGUGAUGAACGGAAUGAUGUACAUCCGUGGCAACCGCGAGGACUACGAUGAUUGGGCGGCACAGGGAAACCCUGGAUGGGCCUACAACGACGUACUGCCGUUCUUCAAGAAGUCGGAGGAUAACCUUGAGCUGGAUGACGUGGGCACGGAGUACCAUGCCAAGGGAGGCCUGAUGCCCGUUGGCAAGUUCCCGUACAACCCACCGCUCUCCUACGCAAUUCUCAAGGCCGGCGAGGAAAUGGGCUUCUCGGUGCAGGAUCUCAAUGGUCAGAACUCCACUGGAUUCAUGAUUGCCCAGAUGACGGCUCGCAAUGGCAUCAGAUACAGCUCUGCCAGGGCCUUCCUCCGACCAGCUCGUAUGCGCAACAACCUGCACAUCCUGCUGAACACGACGGCCACCAAGAUCCUCAUCCAUCCGCACACCAAGAACGUUCUGGGAGUGGAAGUGAGCGACCAGUUCGGCAGCAUGCGCAAGAUCCUCGUCAAGAAGGAGGUGGUUCUGAGUGCCGGAGCUGUGAACUCACCACAGAUCCUGCUCUUGAGCGGAGUGGGUCCCAAGGACGAACUGCAGCAGGUGAACGUGCGACCGGUGCACAAUCUUCCUGGCGUGGGAAAGAACCUUCACAACCACGUGGCCUACUUCACCAACUUCUUCAUCGACGACGCAGACACGGCUCCUCUCAACUGGGCCACGGCCAUGGAGUACUUGCUGUUCCGGGAUGGACUCAUGUCCGGCACUGGAAUCUCGGAUGUGACAGGAAAGUUGGCCACUCGCUGGGCCGACCGACCGGAUCUACCUGAUCUCCAACUCUACUUCGGUGGCUACCUGGCCAGCUGUGCUCGCACGGGACAAGUGGGCGAACUGCUCUCGAACAACUCGCGGGCCAUUCAGAUCUUCCCGGCGGUGCUGAAUCCCAAGUCGCGUGGCUUCAUCGGACUGCGCUCCGCUGAUCCUUUGGAACCGCCACGCAUCGUGGCCAACUACCUGACCGACGAGCGGGACGUUAAGACGCUGGUGGAGGGCAUCAAGUUCGCCAUCCGGCUGUCGCAAACAUCGCCGCUGAAGCAAUAUGGAAUGCGGUUGGACAAGACGGUGGUGAAGGGCUGUGAGGCACCUACCUUCGGCAGCGAUGCCUACUGGGAGUGCGCCGUGCGGCAGAACACGGGUCCGGAGAACCACCAGGCGGGCUCCUGCAAGAUGGGUCCCAGCCACGAUCCCAUGGCGGUGGUCAACCACGAGCUGAGGGUGCACGGUAUCCGGGGACUGCGCGUCAUGGACACCAGCAUCAUGCCCAAGGUGACCGCCGGGAACACCCAUGCACCUGCCGUGAUGAUCGCCGAGAAGGGCGCCUACCUGCUGAAGAGGGCCUGGGGCGCCAAGGUCUGACGCGUGGAUGCGACGUGGACGUUGCAUAGAGUAAUUUAAUCACAAUCCAAGCGAAAUUACCGCGACUAAAAAUUUAAGCGAAAUUACACAUAAGGCCCCACUUAGAUCCAAAACUAAACCUUUCUAUCGUACCACCUUGGUUGAAUCCAUCAGAAUCCGAUCCAAUCCCAUCCAAAGGCUUCUCACUCUAGCAAACCGCGUUGCGCAAUCUCCGUAAUUGUUCUCUCUAAGUUAACAGACUACUUUUAAACUAACUACUGCGAUCCACUCAAAAUGCAGUCGAACUUCUUAAGCUGCACGUUUAGCUACGAUCUAAAAGUCAAGCUCGAGUUAAAGGAAUGACAAUUACUUGGUUUUUAUGUUUACAAAAUACUAAGCUUGUAACUCUUAAAUAACUUAAAUUACACCUAUAAAACCCACAUUUGAAUUCAAAAAUAUACAGUUUAAGAGAAGUUCGGCUAUGUUGAUAACUUUUAAUGUAAUAAAUUUGUAAUAAAUGUUAAGCUGACCAUUUAAACACUACACCUAAACUCCGUAGUUUAUGUAGACUCACUGAACAUGUGAAUUUUGCGUGUCGUUUGUCGGUCUCUUAAUAACUAUAUUUAAACUAUCUAAUUCUUGUGACCCAUCAACAAUGUAAAUUUCGUUUAUCGUUCACUUUGCAAUUGCAUGGAUGAAUGGUGUCCUAUGUUUCUGUGUACGCGUAUAUUGCAUGUAUUUAUUGUUCGAUUAAAGUGCAACAAUUUAGUUUAA